AUGGAGAAGGACCAUGAGGCCGGCCGCUCUGGCCCUAUUCCUCAUCUCCAACGGGUUUUUGACCAGGGAGCCCUCAACGACGAUAUUAUCAACCAUCCUUACAGGGGGUCAGGCACCGAGGAUGACCCUUUCCUGGUCACCUGGAUCGACAAUGACCCAGUAAAUCCGAUGAACUACUCGACUACGAUGAAAUGGAGUAUCACUAUACUUGUCGCAAUCGCAACGCUGGCGGUAGCCUUUGUGUCUUCUGCAUACUCUGGCGGUAUUGCUGAGGUCCUCAGAGAGUUUCAAAUUUCACAGAUCGUCGGUACGCUGGGUAUCUCGCUAUUCGUCCUAGGUUUCGCUAUAGGACCGCUAGCAUGGGCGCCGCUAAGUGAACUGUACGGACGUCAGUACCUGUUCUUUGGUACAUACAUGUUUCUCACUGCCUUCAACGCCGGUGCCGCCGGCGCCCAGAACAUCGAGACUCUGAUUAUCCUGAGAUUCUUGGCUGGUUCUUUUGGCUCCUCGCCGUUGACUAAUGCUGGCGGUGUCAUUGCAGACAUGUUUCCUGCAUCUCAGAGAGGUUUAGCCACGAGUCUCUUCGCUGCUGCUCCGAUGCUGGGACCUGUCAUUGGUCCAAUUGUUGGUGGUUUUGUCGGCCAGACCAUCGGCUGGCGCUGGAUCGAAGGCGUCAUGGCUAUAUUCACUGGUGUUCUCUGGAUCCUCUACACUCUUCUCAUCCCCGAAACCUAUGCACCAGUCCUGCUUCGCAAGCGUGCCGCAGCCCUUUCGAAGCGAACCGGACAAGUGUACAAGAGCAAAUCCGACGCCGAGCAAGGCACCAAAACUAUCGGCACGGCUUUCAAGACCGCUCUCAUUCGUCCAUGGCAACUGCUAUUCCGCGAACCCAUCGUUCUCCUCCUAUCCCUAUACAUGGCCGUCGUCUACGGAACGCUGUAUAUGCUCUUCGGCGCUUUCCCCAUCGUCUACCAACAAGGUCGCGGUUGGUCUCAAGGCAUUGGUGGUCUCGCAUUCUUGGGUGUAGCUGUUGGCAUGAUUCUAGCGACUGCCUACUCGAUAUGGGACAACAAGCGCUACAACAAGGUCGCUGACGCUUCGCCUGGUGGCGUCGCCCCGCCAGAAGCUCGACUUCCACCCGCGAUACUAGGCUCAAUUGUCAUGCCCAUCGGCUUGUUUUGGUUCGCUUGGACCAACGGACCGAGUAUUCACUGGAUUGUCAGCAUCAUAGCGAGCGUGCCUUUCGGCUUCAGUAUGGUUCUUGUCUUCCUUUCGAUCAUGAAUUACUUGAUCGACGCAUACCUUAUCUACGCGGCAUCUGCACUUGCUGCCAACUCAGUACUCCGAUCGCUGUUCGGCGCUGCAUUCCCGCUGUUUACUAGCGAUAUGUACAAAAACCUGGGCAUACAUUGGGCAUCUUCGGUUCCGGCAUUCUUGUCGCUAGCUUGCUUGCCCUUUCCUUAUCUAUUCUACAAGUAUGGUCCUGCCAUUCGUCAGCGCUGUAAAUAUGCUGCGGAGGCUGCGGAGUUCCUAGAGAGGAUGCAGCAGAAAGAAUGA